AAAUUAGUGAUGUAAACAGGAAUGGCGGAUGAGGAAAAUCCUCAUUUAAAACAUAGAUUAGAUCAUCAUUACUUGAUAAACAGCUUGAAAUCUGUAGUGGAAGGUUUAUUGGCCACUCACAGUACAGAUGUAUGGAGUACUUAUGGUGGAUUAAAUCGAGUUACAAAAGAAGUAGAAAAAAUUCUCUACCAUGGAUUGAGAAGUACACAGGGAAAGUUUGGAAGUCAGGUUGAUUUCUGGCCCUUUGUACAUGGACUUAAGAGGCUGAACCCUAUUCAGUCUCCAUCUAUUGAUAAAAUCAUUAGAUUAGCCCACACUACACAGGGAAUUGAUAAAGGUCAUGUAUGGGUCGAGGAAGGUUUGAGAGAACACAAUCUUACAGCACAACUACAGACUCUAGUACAGAACAGAGAACAUCUACAUCAGUUUUAUUAUGAUUACAGUUUCUUAAAUACUAAAGAGUACUUCCAUUCCAUGUGCCUAUGUCUACAAGCAGUAGAACAGAACAAAGUUACCCUUUUGACAGAACUAGAUGUCAAUCUGUUAAGUGGAAGACAAAAACCAGAUGUGAAGAGAAGUGAAUCCAUGCCAGUUAUGAGAAGGGGUUCUAGUCAUCAUGAGGCUUUGGCACUUGCACCACGUUUUGCAUCUCCAAGACAGGAGAGUGUUCUUUCCUUGUCAGAUGAGCAUGCUAUACCUGUCAAUGUUGGUAGUGCAUCUCCAGUAGAAGCAAAGAUGUUGGCAAGAGAUGCUUUAAGAACUGUUUUGCGAAAAUCUGGUUCUGAUUCGCCAACUGAUUCUCCAGAAGCAGGAUUUAGUUUCUAUGACAACCAAACAGAAGAUCCACUGUCUCAUGUUUCAAUGACAGAACAUAAGGCAGAUUCUAAAGAAAGUUCAUCUGAAGUUCAAACUAAAGAAAAGUUGCCAAGCAAAUCAACACUGUCCUCUGUAAAAAAGUCAAUGACCCCUGACCCCAUCGGAAGUUCUGAAAAAACUUACAGUGGUAGACCAGAAGAAAUUUUCUCUGAUUCAGAAACAUUGACGGAAGAAAAAAGGAAUGUUGUAAUGAGAACUGCAAAAGGAACAAAGAAAGGUCAUAAAAGGUCAAGGUCAGAUAUGACAUGGCUCAAUGCAAUAACAAAACCACAAAGAACAACAAGAAAACACAGUGAAGAUAUUGUAGGAGCACCAGAAAUAGAUUCAGGUAUUUUAGAAAUGUAUUUAGGAACAGAUGUAAACUCCCCAACUUCACCAGAAGGAUACAUGGGUAGACCAGCUCAAGGGCAGUCACUCAUCCAUUAUCUCUCAACGCAGGACUUCCAUACUUGUGCCAAUCUAGAUAAAGAAAAUGCUCACUUCAGUAUAUCAGAAGCAUUGAUUGCAGCCAUAGAACAAAUGAAAUGGAACCAUAUUAUUUCACCACAUCAGAAUCAGGAAAACGAGGAAGAGGAUUCGGAUGAGGAAAUACAAGAGUUAAAACAAAGGAUAAGGAUAAGGAAAAGAGAAAGAUUAAAAGAGAAAGCCCGUGGAUUACCAGCUUUCAGUGAUGGUGUUACUGACACAGCUACUAGUCACAGUACAUCACCAACAUUCAGCUCCCCUAUAGAUUCUGAAAACUCAGAUAGUAGUGAUUCAAGUGCAAUUGAUGAUGAACAAAUAGAACUUACAAUGUCAGAAAAUAUAAGUGAGACUAAUUUGUUAUUGAUGAAGAAAGAUGGAAUGUCCUUAUCACUUGCUUCAUUAUACUCAGAUGGUGAUAUCCAGGAUAGAAAUAAUAAGAUGCUAGACAGACAAGGCUCAGUUACUACAGAAAAUGGUGUGAGUGCUACCAACAGUUUAUCAGCCGAGUCUGUUGCUAUAUCAUUACUGAAGAAAUUCUCAGAGAAACAACUUCCAAAGGCUUCAGAUCUUAUCUGGCUUGUACCUGAAAGUGAUGCUCCUCAGAAGUUACUCCCAAUGCCAGACUCGUACCCUAUUGAUCCUGAUGAUGCUGAAGAUAUGAAAACUAACAGAUAUCAAACAUUCCAGACGAGAUUAAGGGGUAAUAUGGAAUGGGCUCCACCAAGACCUCAGAUCAUUUUUAAUAUCCAUCAGCGACCAAAUAGGAAGAAAGUAAUGGAGAAGCAGAAUUACCUCUGUGCUGGUUGUGGUACAAGGGUUGAACCAGGAUACAUCAGCAGAUUUCGAUACUGUGAAUAUCUUGGAAAGUUUUUCUGUCAAUGUUGUCAUAGUAAAUCUUUAUCAUAUAUUCCUGGAAGAAUUCUGAAGAAAUGGGACUUCCAAAAGUAUCAAGUGUCAAACUUUGCCCAUGAUUUAUUGACUAAGAUCUAUACGGAGCCUUUGUUCAAUAUCUGUGAUAUAAAUCCUUCAUUAUAUAAGAAAGUGAAAAGUUUAGAUAGUAUUUUAGAAUUACGACAGCAGUUACAAUAUGUGAAGAAGUUCCUACUUAUCUGUAAAGAUGGUACCAAGUUUUUGAGCGAUAUAAAAAACCUACCACCAUACUGGUCAGAUGAUUUUCACAUAUACUCUUUAUGUGAUCUUGUUAAUGCUAAGAAUCUACAAAUGUUAAAUCAGUUAAGAAAUAUAGUCUCGGCAUCAAUAUCGCAUGUAGAAAAUUGUCAGUUUUGCCAGGGACUUGGUUUUAUAUGUGAACUGUGCAGAAAUAACUCUGAUGUGAUAUUUCCAUUUCAACUAAACAAGGUUGAAAUUUGUCAAGGUUGUAAAUCGUGUUUCCAUAGAGACUGUUUUGUACCAGAUAAAUGUCCUAGAUGUGCUAGAUUAGAAGCUAGAAGACAAAGAAUGGAACAAAAGUUUUCAGAAGAAAUGGAUGAGGAAGAUAGUUGAUAUUGGUAGAUCUUACUUGCACAAGGCCUGAUUUAACAAUAUUCCUGUUUGGUGCUUAUUUAUUUUCACAUGGAUGAUUGUUGUGUCCAACACAAAUGUGCCAAGCCAUAUGAAUCUUCCUUUGUCUGUAUUGGUUAAGAUAUGCAUUUUAAUUCAUUUAAAAGCUACUUAUAUUUGAGCAUGUA